AGCGGCUGAUUGUGUUAAGUCAAAGACAGCUGUGGUACGGAGUAGAGUCCGUAGUGCAGAGCAGAGGCCAGUGCAUCACUUUAUCUUCAUCCAAAGUAGCUCUCUGCACAGGUUCCUGGACACUAACUAACUAAUUCUGGGACUUCCCAGGUUAGUCAAGACAAAAAUACAAAGAAAACCAAAACAUUUUGAUGACAAAGCAGACCGAAAGGAGAUGUGUGCUGCUGUGUAUGUCCUGUCGACGGUAACGGGCUACGUGCUCACCUCUGCCCUGCUGCUGAAAUGUCCAGCUCUUUUGCACAGGAGGAAGCGAGAAACUUUCCUCAGCAGACACAUUUCCCACCGUGGAGGGGCAGGUGAAAACCUGGAAAACACCAUGGCAGCCUUUAAGCACGCUGUGGAUCUCGGCACAGACAUGCUGGAGUUGGACUGCCACCUGACGAAAGAUGAACAGGUAGUGGUUUCACAUGAUGCCAACUUGAAGAGGGCCACUGGCAUAAAUGCACAAAUCUCCGAAAUGGCCUACGCUGAGCUACCUCCAUACCUCUGCAAGCUGGGUGUAACUUUUCAGAGGGAGUGUUUCUGCGAAGGAGGAGAAGACAAACGCAUUCCUCUCCUCAGAGACGUUUUUGAUGCCUUUCCUAAUACCCCUGUCAACAUUGACAUCAAGGUCAACAAUGACACGCUCAUCAAGAAGGUCUCUGAGCUGGUCGUUAAGUACGACAGAGAGCAUAUGACUGUGUGGGGCAAUGCCAGCAACCAGAUUGUCAAGAAGUGUUACAAAGAGAACCCUCAAAUUCCAGUCUUGUUCAGCUUUCCCAGGGUAUUGCAGCUGUUGGGCCUCUUCUACACUGGCCUUCUGCCCUUUGUUCCCCUCAAGGAGCAGUUCCUAGAGAUCCCCAUGCCCUCCAUUAUCACCAAACUAAAGGAUCCUAACAGAUUAACUACGAGUCAGCGACUCAUCACCUGGGUGGCAGACACUUUGCUGAUGAGGAAAACUCUUUUUGAGCAUCUCACUGCCAGGGGAAUACAGGUGUACAUAUGGGUGCUGAAUGAUGAGGAGGACUUCCAGAGGGCAUUUGACUUGGGAGCCACGGGAGUUAUGACAGAUUUUCCCACCAGGCUUAAAGACUUCAUGGACAGGAAUGGCAUUUCUAAGCUCCAGUGACCUGCAAAAAUCUACCUCACCCCCACACCAGUGAUUAUCCUUCAACCUAACUAACUGGCUAAACCAGCCCCCCACAACACACAUCCACUUUUACUGCAUGCAUUCCAGCAGGGCUACUACUCUCAAACUGUGUUGUAUAGUCAGUAGGAACCUCUGUCAUGUCAUGUUCUGUAUCCUGCACUGAUUUUUAGGAACCAGUCUUUGCACUGGUAAAACAGGCUUUUGUAUUUUCAAUCACAUAAAAUACACUUAGGACACAUGCUGUACCUGCUGUAUAUUAUUAUCUCCUUUAAUUUGUGGUCUUUGAACGUUCUUUAUUCCCCUGCUGCACACCCAGACAACAGUGUGAGAUUAGCAUUAGUAUUACACAGCUAUUUAAUCUUUUAAAGUAUAGCUAUAAAAUGGGACAAAAUGUCCAUUGAAAUAUGUUUGCAAGUCUUAUCAGUCUUGAAGUUCAUAAUAGAUUCAUGGCUUUUGACUUAUUUUUUUUAAGUUUUAUUGAUUUAAAGACUUAAUUUAGGCUUUUUUUACUGCCUUUAAUUAAAUGACAGUUUGCAGUAUUACUGUAUCAAGUACCUGUGCUAGGACAAACACCAGCAGAUGCAGCUUGAUGUGGAAAUGUAAGGUUUAUUUACCAGCUGCUUUAUAAUUUUUUGCAGUCCAUCGUUUUGUUUUUUGCAAUCAGACUGUAACUUAGCACAUGAAAUAAUACACAAAUCCAAGCAGUUGUUUGAUAUUUUUAUAUGUGCCAGAUGCAGACAAAAAGUUGUCAUAAAUGACAGGGUACAGACACAAGUCCUCAGCUCCACUGAGUUUUAGUAUCAAAUGAACAGUGAGUACUGAGGUCAGAGGUGCUUCUGCUCCAUAUUAAGUUUGAUCAUAGGCAAAUUUAAUUCAACUAGAGAUUGUUCUGUAAAAAACUCUGUUUUUAUAUGUUUUUAUGAAAGAUGAUGGGUUGUACGUUGUACAGCUACAUAGUCGGAUGGGUAUGUGUAGUUCCUUAGUAUCUAGUUUUCUCUGGAUCAAGUGGAGUGACUGAGGUGUCAUCUAUUCAUUAAUGAAUCUGAGAGAGAAAUUUUGCACAAAACAACCUGUGUUGAUGCGAUCGUCGCAGCAUUGAGCUUCGUAUUUAAGAAAUACGAACACUUUUUAAUAUAUGGGCUUUAAAGUGUAAUGGCAACAUAGAAGCACUGAUACAUGUUGAUUGAUAGCUGUAUUGCAGUCAUUUGAAAUUGAAAUUUAUUAAGGGCAUCGAAUGACUAGCAAUUUCUCACUAUGGGUGUCACAGUUUGAAUGUGUAAAGAUUAUUAGGAUUAUCGUACAACUGACAUUCUCUGUUUCAAAUUUGUGACCACAAAGUGAGGGUCUGUAAUGAAUGUAGGAGUGGUUGAAUGUACUGUAUAUUGUUUGGUAUUUUUCUUGUUUGGUAUUUUUUGUCAAAACUGUAUUGGUGUUUUAAUAACUUCAGUUUGUUUUCUGGCAUUUUGUAUUAGUGAAUUCUGCACAGGUGUAAAUCUGAUGUCUGAUAUUUUACGUUGUUUUUAAAACACCUGUACAUAUCAAAAUCAUUAUUCUUUGAGAGAAAGGCCUGUGAUCCACCAAUGAUAUUAAUGAAAACACUCUAGAAUAUUUUGAUUACAUAAACUGUGCAGUACUAAGUGUACAUUUUUUUCGCAUGCUCAGAUGAAUAAGCUGUUGUACUUGAAUAUGUUGCAAGUUUGACUGAACUAGUGUGUGGGACCUGGCUGCUUUGGCCUAUCAAAAUGCCUUAUCCCACAUGGUGUUUGGUGAGAAGUUGUCUAAAAAGUGCAUUUUUAUCAAAAUCAAUAAAAAUUAUAAAUAUUGUCAUACAA